GAAUCCCUCGCGGUUCGUCCGGGGAGUCGAGCGGCGAACAGCCGCAGUGCAGCAGCGGCAGCGAGCCUCGCUGCGGUCGAACGCAAAUUCUUCACCCGCAAAAACCCAGCGCGCUACAUUGUUUCUCUUUUCUUAACCCCGCCCUGGUUUGACACGCUUUUUUUUUUAGCCGCUGUUGACCCGGCCGGUGCCGCCUCUCGUGGCGUCAAAAAAAAACAACCUCCCUGCCUGGCACGUUCAAUUCCUCCUCCAUUCUCCUCGUCGCCGCGCUCUUUGUUUUCCUCCGCCGGGUUCGGGCUAAGCUAUGCCCCCCUCCGACCUCCACGCUCGGACAACUGCGCGACCGUCCCGUCGUCCGUGCUCAUUGUGAUUUGUUCUGUCUCUGUCUGUAUUUCGCAGGCUAUAAAGGUCGGCGGGUAACCGUGAGUCUCUGGCGGUGUUCGGCGUGCACGUUCCCUGUUCUGGCCUGUGCUCGAUGCGCUACAGCAUGACCACAGCAGCGACGGCUCAUCUGGUAGUUCUGGCAAAUGAAAAUGGAGGAGGUUUCAAUGUCCAGCCUGGACAACAGCAAGCUGGAGGGCCUAGCUCAGGACAUCCUGUCUGACCUGAUGGAAGACGCGUGCCUGGGUCUUUGCUUCGAGGUCCACCGGGCCGUCAAGCAGGGCUAUUUCUUCCUGGAUGACACGGACCAAGAAAGCAUGAGGGACUUUGAAAUCGUGGACCAGCCGGGAUUGGAUGUGUUCGGCCAGGUGUACAACCAGUGGAAGAACAAAGAGUGCGUGUGUCCCAACUGCAACCGAAGCAUCGCUGCCUCCCGCUUCGCGCCGCAUCUGGAGAAAUGUCUGGGGAUGGGACGCAACAGCAGCCGCAUAGCCAACCGCAGAAUAGUCACCGGUAACAACACCAACAACAAGUCAGAGAGCGACCAAGAAGAUAACGACGACGUCAAUGAUAACGACUGGUCGUACGGGGCAGAGAAGAAAGCCAAGAAAAGGAAAUCUGAGAAGAAUCCAAACUCACCCAGAAGAUCUAAAUCAUUCAAACAUAAGAGCAGCAUGAUGGGUCCCAGACGUCGCAUGGACAACCAGGAGAGCCCGCGCAUGCUGCUGAAAGAUGAGGCAUUCCCUCAAUAACGCACUCUGCUGCAAGCACACGUACGCACGGGAAGGCCAGGAACACUCGACGGACGUCCAUGUCGUAGGGGACGUUCAUGACGUUGGCUGCUCCGCAGAAGCAGUCCAGACCUCCUACUGUAUACUUGACUUUUUUUUUUUUCUUUUUUCCUCUGCACAAAAUCAUUGCACCAACACUCAUUGUCUCGUUUUUUUUAAUUUUGUUUUUUUUCGCUGGAUUCCAAAUUAACGAUGUCACCGCACGGAAGUGGCUUCUGAUGUCGCUCGCGCAGCGCCAAGCAAGGGCAGCUGUGUGCACAUACACUAUGUUGUAGUUAGAUUAGGAUUUAGGCGUACUUCAACAGCCUCACCGCUUUUAAAAUCGCAUCCUUUGAAAAAUAAUGUCAAAGACAAUCAUUUUGAAUGGUUUGUCUUUUAUUUUAACAUCCACUGCAGGCUCAUAUUUCUCCAGUUGAAGCACGAUGGCGUUUGAGAGGAAGAACCCUCAGUUUGUCAUUCACCCGGGAAACCUUUUCUUUUUCUUCUAAGUUCGGUAAAUGAAUCCUGAAUUGUACAAACAGGCGUUUUCUGCAGACCGCAGGUUUGUUUUGUCAUUACAUUUGUGGUGGAUUUGUUUUCUAGAAUUAAACAAAUGUCUUUGUAUCAUGUGUUUACAUUGUAAAGGAUUACGAUAUAUCUUUGGUGUGAUAGUGUAAAUAUUCAGUUGAAUUGCUGCUAUCAUUGCUCACUUUGUUUCUUCUGUCUAGCAUAAUAAAUGAAUUGUUCCCUGUC